AUGGCUUCCUCCAUUACACCAGCAAGCCAACUGUCCGCAUCUACCGACAUUCGAUCAAAAAUGGAGAUUCUUUGCAUGGAGCUACAGGCCCAUCUCUGUCACCACAUGGAGGCAAUCGACAAAAAGAAGACAUUCUUUGUCGACAAGUGGGAGCGCAAAGAUGGUCAUGGUCGUGGAAUCUACUGCGUUCUACAAGAUGGUGCGGUAUUUGAGAAAGCCGGUGUCAACAUUAGUGUGAUAUCAAGCGAACUUACAGAAGCAGCGCUUCAUCAAAUGCGCGAACGACUACAUUCCCUCAAAACCGACAAAAGGCUCAAAUUUGACGUCGUCGGCAUCAGUUCGGUCAACCACCCGCGCAACCCACACGCGCCUACAAUGCACUUCAAUUUUCGCUUCUUCGAAUUGACUGAUGAGGAUGGCGAGAAAGCGAAAUUUGCUCUGAUCGCUAAUAAUGGAUUCCAUUAUUCUUACAUAGUCCUUCCGGUUAAGGAUGACCACUUCAUGGCCUUUAUCGGUUUUGGAAAUGGUGAUUUCUUCAUUAUGCUUCAGUGCAGAAAGAGCAUCUAUGUGUUCUUUAGUCAGUGGUGUCAGUUGUGUUACUAG